GCCGACAGGACUCCACAUCCAGAUUCUCAUUGAUGAGGCAGCCUCCAAAUGACGUCGAGAUGGCUUUAGGUGGGACGCUUCUGCCAUCCAUAUCCACGUUCGCCAGCGGCCCCACUGUCAAGAGUAAAUCCAUAGGAAGUGCCAAUCUAAGAUGGAAGGAGGAGUUGUCCCUUCUUAAGAAACCCAGCGUGCCAACCGGAAGCAGCUGUCCUGACCCAGACCAUCCCACUGCCACCAGCACAACAAGCCCUAGCAUGUCCAAGAAAGACACUGAGCCUGACCUGGACUUGGACUACGACUUUAUUCUCUCAAACUCCAUUCUGCAGCAACAGCAGCAGCAGCAGCAGCAACAGCAGGAGGAGGCCAUGGCAUGCAGCUCUGCCCAGACCCUGUCUCCUUCCCCCAACUCUUUCUCCUCGUCUUACCCUCUCCCCUCCCCUCAGGGCACCGCCAGCGAGCUGCUCUACACCAUCCCAGACAUCAGUGACGUCUCCCCUUCUGGAGGCUUCGUGGCAGAGCUCAUGAGACCCGAGUUGGACCCGGCGUACCUCCACCCCACCAGCCUCCACGGCAAAUUCGUGGUAAAGACAACUAUGGACAUGGGAGAAUACAGCCAAGCCGUGAACGUGAGCAAGGCCUGCGUUACGGCCGUGUCGGACCCGACUGCUUCGCGCGCCUCUCCGUCCUUUCCGUGCCACAGGAUAAAGCAGGAGAACCCCAGUAACUGCACCAUCUCGCAGCCCAUGGACCUACACCUGGCUGGGGUGAACUCCCAGGGCCGAGGGAGCCAGCAGCAGCGCCCGUGCCAGUUAGAGCUGCACGGCUUCCCCGGCGGAGGGAGACCCAUGACAGGCGGCAGGCUAUCCUCAUCCUCUUCCCUCUCCCCAGACCAUCCUCUGAGCCGGGAGCACCAGGUUCUGGGACAUCCCCACUCUCAGAUCCCUCUACCUCCCCAGGGAUAUCACCAUAGCUCCCCGCAGGGCUACACCUCCUACCCUCAGCCAUCCUCCAUGCAGUACCAAGAUCCCCUCAUGAUCUCCAGUGGGGACUGCUUGCCGGAGGAACCAAAGCCUAAGCGUGGUCGGCGCUCCUGGCCGAGGAAGAGGGUUGCCACACACACGUGUGACUACGUUGGCUGUGGGAAAACUUACACAAAGAGCUCCCACCUCAAAGCGCAUCACCGCACGCACACAGGGGAGAAGCCUUACCACUGCGACUGGGAGGGCUGCGGUUGGAAGUUUGCACGUUCGGACGAGCUCACACGGCACUACAGGAAACACACAGGCCACCGGCCGUUUCAGUGUCAGAAAUGUGACCGGGCCUUCUCAAGGUCAGACCACCUUGCUCUCCAUAUGAAGAGACACUUAUGAGACUUGCCGAUGGAUGAAGGCUCCAUAAAAAAGAACAUAUGUUAGCAAGAACUCUGAACAAACUUGUGACCUACUCUUUUGAAAAACCAUAAUUUGCCUUCAAGCCGUUGUCAAGCGACAAGACAAGCUGUGGUGUUCACGGCAAAAACAGCAUUACUCCUUCAAGAGCCUAGAAUUUCUUCUCAAGACUGAUCCCGUCUUCGCACGUCGUGCAGGCGACUUGAAAGGACCUCUCAGUCAGGGUUGUAAACUUUUAUGAAAGGGACCAAACUGGAAUUUGUCUUAUUUAACCGACAAAACUUGGAGGACCAGGUGCCAACGACUUUUUAACUGGAAAUGUAUUUUUGUCAGGGAAACCAGGAGCAACAGACAAACAUCUCCAGAGGCCUUAAACCAGCAACAUGCCAAUGUAGGCUCUGUUAUCAACACACUGUCCAAAUACUGUAUUAAUAAAUACAUCUAUAUUUAUAUACACAUUUCACCUGCAAUGCCAUUAAUUUCAGGUACAAUGUUAAUUUAUACAGAAUGGUGCUCAGUGACUCUGAAGAAGGCUUUUUUUUAAUCAAAGAAAAGGUACCAAAGAUAAAGGAAAAUAUACAAAAGGGUGAAAACUAUGAAAAAGUGCCAUACGGUUGUUUGUGUGUUUCUCGGAAACCUCUCUUCCACAAUCUGACUUAAAUCAGGUGAACACUUCACUUAUAAAUGGUGAUGGCAAUCUUCAAUGCACUGCAGCUGCAAAGUGCAAUAAUUUAUAUGAGACAUUCAUAUUUUUGUAUUGAAUGAGUAACUCUGAACAAAGAUUUUUUUGUUUAUAGCCAAAAAAUAUGUAAUAUAAUCUUGAAUUUUGUACAUUUGUAAAUAAAAUGCUUUGUUAUUGUUUUGUAUUUUACACUAUAAUAAAAUAAAAAUGUAUUUGAAAUAAGACAGUGACCUUUAUACUCUUCACCAUCAUUAUCUCAUAGAAAACAAGACAACACAGAUCCUCCUGGAAGUGUAAUGGAGACGCACGUUUAAAUGGCAGCGAUAGCUAACAGUCAGCUCACACACAAUACCCCCCCCCCAACGAUAAUAGCGAGAUGGCUGCAGGCGUGCUAACACAAUGUUGCUGUUAAAAAGAUCCUCAAAAAAGGUACACUCCUACAAUGUCCUGUUUCCAUGGGGUUCUCUUUCCAUCUGUCAGUGGGAAGAAUGGGGAGGACAACCCAGUUACUGGCUGACAUUCAAGGGUGACACCAAAUCUGACCGCCACUCUGUGCUGGAGCUGACGCUUUCAGGUGCACCAUAUGAAUAAAACCCAUAAAGAUGUUGCAGUGAGAUAGUGUCUGACUCUGCGUCAUGCAUGUAAUGUAUCCAGCUACAUGACAGUUACAUGAGUUUAAAAUUUAAAGUACAUUCAUGAAAUCCUGCUGUAGGCUCAGUGUCAAUGACUUACAUGAAACUAAUAGGAACCCCUUGUAAAGCUCAUGUUAACACUGUAAUAAAUGCAUAUGCUUUAAUGUAUGUUUAAUGUAUUUCUGCUCAAAAAU